GCGCAGAGGGAAAGCGGAAUCUACACCUUCCCGGCCAGCGGUAGCAACUGCAGAACUGCAGGAGACAAUCUUUCUAGACAAGGCAGUUGAGGAGGAGGGAGCGAGCGGCGGGGGGGCUGGCCUGGCGUGCACUCCGCGCCUCGGGAACGUUACUGCGCGUGGAACGGCUGUUUCGGGAAGACUAUUGCCUAGAAGAAAAGAUGUUUGGUUUUCACAAGCCAAAGAUGUACCGAAGUAUAGAAGGCUGCUGUAUUUGCAGAGCUAAGUCCUCCAGUUCUCGAUUCACGGACAGUAAGCGCUAUGAGAAGGAUUUCCAGAGCUGUUUUGGGUUGCAUGAGACACGUUCAGGAGACAUCUGUAAUGCCUGUGUCCUGCUUGUGAAAAGAUGGAAGAAAUUGCCAGCAGGAUCCAAAAAAAACUGGAAUCACGUGGUAGAUGCAAGGGCAGGACCCAGCCUGAAGACUACACUGAAACCAAAGAAAGUGAAAACUCUAUCUGGAAACAGGAUAAAAAGCAACCAGAUCAGCAAACUACAGAAGGAAUUUAAACGUCAUAAUUCUGAUGCUCACAGUACCACCUCCAGUGCCUCCCCAGCCCAGUCUCCUUGUUACAGUAACCAGUCAGAUGAUGGCUCAGAUACAGAGGUGGCUUCGGGCUCCAGCAGAACGCCAGUUUUUUCCUUUUUAGAUCUCACGUACUGGAAAAGACAGAAAAUAUGUUGUGGGAUUAUCUAUAAAGGCCGCUUUGGGGAAGUCCUCAUUGACACGCACCUCUUCAAGCCUUGCUGCAGCAACAAGAAGGCAGCUGCGGAGAAGCCGGAGGAGCCCAGCCCAGAGCCUCUGCCCAUCUCCACCCAGGAGUGGUGACUGAGGUGUAUGUAGAAGGGGAACA